AUGAUUUGUUUGUUGCAAAUUCUGUCUAAGAAAGGAGUUAUUAUAUUACCCGACAUUUAUGCGAAUGCUGGUGGAGUGAUUGUAAGCUAUUUCGAAUGGGUCCAGAAUAUUCAAGGAUUUAUGUGGGAUGAAGAUAAAGUUAACCUUGAGCUAAAAAGGUAUAUGACUAGAGCUUUCAAGAACAUAAAAGGAAUGUGUAAAAUUCACAACUGCGACUUGCGAAUGGGAGCUUUCACUCUUGGACUCAACCGUGUCGCUCGCGCUACGCUUUUGAGAGGUUGGGAAGCUUAG